AUGCAGAACAAGCUGUUCUUCGGCACUGCUAUUGGUGGUGCUCUCUUCGCGAGCAUUGUCUCAGGACUUCCGCACCAGCACAAUCAGAAGCGUGCCAUCACUACCGAGGUCACCUUCACCACCGUCACUGUCGCCAAUGUCAUUGUCUACGUCGACGAGGGUGGUGUCCCGGUGGAGACCACCACCCUGGGUCUAGCUACAAGUAUUGCACCCACCUUUGUGGAGUCGACUUUCUCUGUCUCCAGCGUCUUCGAGGUCCAGCCGUCUGCAACUGAGCAUGCAAUCGGCAGUGGCCUUCCUGUCUCGACUCCUCCGGUUGUUCCGACCUCAAGCAAGGAAGUCUUCGCUUCCGACGCUCAGUUCGAGCUGACUUCGCAUAUCCUUCCGGAGCCUGUCAUUCCCAGCACGUCCGAAGUCAAGGCUCCGUCCCUUGCGACUUCUACGACUUCUACGACUUCUGCGGCACCACCACCCCCGCCAGCGAGCUAUGCAGACCCCAAAACUUCCGAGGCAAUUGCUCCUCAGCCAGCGACUUCGGCCAUCCCAGAGCCUUCGUACGGUUCCCUUCAGCCUUCUCCAGUUUCGGCCCCCCAACCUCCGAAUGCAGACGAUCGCUUCCCAAUCGGCAUCACGUACGACCCUUUCAAGCCGGGAGCUUGCAAGACUGAACAAGAGGUCCAAAACGAAUGGGAGCAGAUGAAGAGCUACGGUGUUGUUCGUAUCUAUGGACGCGGUUGCAAUACCAUCCCCACUGCCGUUCGGCUCGCCAAGGCGAACAAUCAGAGAGUCUUUGCUGGUGUCUGGAUGAGCACAGGUGGAGACUCCGAAGAUACGGACACAGUUGUUAAAGAACUCGCCGAAGCCGUUCGCACUCACGCAGGUGGCGACUGGAGUGUCAUCGCCCUUGUCUCUGUCGAGAAUGAGCGUAUCAGUAACCGUCAAUUCACAGCUUCCCAUGUUGUUGAUGCCAUCAACCGAGCCCGACAGGCUCUGCGAGCGGCUGGAUACACUGGGCCAGUUGGUGCAGUCGAGACCGUGCCUGCUAUGAUUGAAAAUCCCAUGAUUUGCGAGGCUUCCGAUAUCGCGCUCGUCAACGUCCACACGUUCUUCGACUCCAGCUGCAAGGCCGAAGACUCGGGCAAGAAAAUCGAGGACCAGGUGGCUCGCGUUAGAAAGGGAUGCAAUGGGAAGCGUGUUGUGGUUACUGAGGCAGGAUGGCCGCACCAGGGAGACGCCAAUGGAGUAGCAGUACCAAGUCGCCAGAACCAGCGCGCUGCCGUCGACUCCAUCAAAAGCCGCUUCGACCACGAUGUCUUUCUUUUCAACGCCUUCGAUUCCCCGUGGAAGCGCGACUGGGCUGGAUCUUUCAAUGCUGAGAAGUAUUGGGGUAUCCAUUAG